AUGGACUACAUUCGUCAACUUACGGGUGGUGCCAAGCUGAAGCCCGACAGCUCGCGAGGCGAGUCUCCCAUCUCGGACAUUGUCGAGACGGCCGAAGAGGCUCAGUUCAACAUCGACUCGGCCAUCCAGGCGGUGCUUCACGCAGCUGAGGUGGCUCGACACGAGAUUGGCGACGACACCGAUGUCGACGCCAUGGAGACGAAGGACACUACGCCCAGCCUUGUCGGCGACGCUAUUCAGGUCGAUGCUCAGCAGGUGCGAAUCGAGCAAGACCAGACUCAGGCUUGCGAUGCGGUCCAGCGCAGUAUGACCGAGGAGCAGGCUGCUCAGGCGCUGCACGCUCUGUACGAUGCUACGCAGCACGAUGCCCAAGUCGAGACUCAGCCCAGCCCUGCGGGUCAGAUUCACUUCGCCGAUCAGGCCAUCCCUACGGGUAACGUUCGCACUGCUGAAGCGAUGGACGAAUCCAUGCCGCUGUUCAACCCGCCCGAGCCUGUGGACGUCAAGCCAGCCCAGCUUCAUAGUAGCGACGAGCCCAGCAUCGCCCUCAACAUCCGCGACGCCAACGGAUACAGCACCAUCUUCCGCUGCAAACCCUCGACCAAGCUGUCCAAGGUGUUCAAGGUGUUCGCCAAGCGCUACCAGACCGACCUGUCCAAGAUCCGAUUCAUCUCGUCCGACGGAAGGCUGCUGCCCAAGUGCAACCCCAACCUCACCGUCCAGAGCGAGGGAUUCGAGGACGGCGAUGAGAUCGAUGUGAUGCUCGAGCAGAUCGGAGGCUAUCACGUCGAAGGCAUCUAA